AUGGCUCCCCUCCCUCACCCGCUGUCGGCCCUCACAGUCGAGGAGUCCCAGGCUGCCCGCGACGCCGUCAUUGCCGCCUACCCCGGCAGCGUCAUCUAUUUCCGCAACAUCUUCCUCCGCGAGGCCCCCAAGGCCGAAGUCUUCGCCUUCCUGGAGCUCGAGCACAGCGGCAAGCUCACCGACGAGACACCCCGCCCUCCGCGUUUCGCCCAGGUCUGGUGCGAUGUCGGCGGCCAAGAAAAGAAGGCAGAGUAUGUCGAGGCCGUCGUCGACCUCGCCACCCACAAGAUCACCGCCACGCGUAGCCAUGGAGUCGGCCAGCACGCUUCGCUCAGCGUGGAUGAGCUGCGCGAGGUUCCCGACGCCUGUGAGCGUUCCGAGCUCUUCCAGGCCAAACUGAAGCAGUUUGAGCUGCCGCCCGGCUUCGAGGCCAUCGUGGAGCCCUGGCCCUAUGGCGCCUCCGACCACACCGACGAUGGCUCCCGCGUCUUCCAGGGUCUCGUCUACGCCGUCAACCGCAAGGACAACGGGCCCGACUCCAACUUUUACGCGUACCCGAUCCCCCUCAUCCCCGUUAUGGAUGCCCGCACAAAAGAGAUUAUCCGCGUCGUCGAGAUUGCCACUGGCGGCAAGGACGACCCUAUUGACAAGGUCGGCACCCGCACCACCAACAAAAUCAUCGAGCACUGCCGGCCGGCCGAGUACUGCCCAGAGAAGCUGCCCCAGGGCGUCCGCACAGACCUCAAGCCGCUCACGGUCAUCCAGCCCGAGGGCGCCAGCUUCACCGUCACCGACGGCAACCGCAUAGACUGGCAGAAGUGGAGCAUGCGUGUCACCUUCAACCCUCGCGAGGGUGCCGUGCUCCACGACAUCCGCUUCGCGGGCCGUAGCAUAGUCUACCGGCUAAGCAUGAGCGACAUGUCUGUGCCCUACGCAGACCCGCGCAACCCCUUCCAGCGGAAGCAGGCGUUUGACUUUGGAGAUGGCGGCCUCGGCCACGCGGUCAACAAUCUCGCUCUCGGUUGUGACUGUCUGGGCCUGAUCAAGUACUUUGACGGGCUGCUCACUGAACCCGACGGAACCAUCGAGACCACGCAGAACGUCAUUUGUCUGCACGAGCAAGAUGACGGUAUCGGCUGGAAGCACACAGACUGGCGGACAAAUCGAGCGGUGGUGACACGCCGCCGUCAGCUCGUCGUGCAGUACAUCAUCACGCUGGCCAACUACGAGUAUGCCUUCAACUUCAAGUUCGACCAGGCGGGCGGCAUCACGAUCGAGACACGGGCCACGGGUAUCGUCUCGGUGGUCAACAUUGACCCGGGCAAGACGGCGCCAUGGGGCAAUGUCGUCUCCCCCGGAGCUCUCGCACAGAAUCACCAGCACAUCUUUGCCGCCCGCAUCGACCCGGCCAUCGACGGCAUGAACAACACCGUCGUGCAGGAGGAGAGCCUCCCCGUGCCGAUGAACCCAAAGACCAACCCCUACGGCAACUACUACGAGGUCGCGCAGACAGUGCUCAAGAAGAGCUGCGGCGUGGAUCUGGCACCAGAACGGCACCGCGUAUUCAAGGUGCAGAACCGCGACCCGUCCAAGCGCAACCCUGUCUCGGGCAAGCCCGUGGGCUACAAGUUGGCCAUGCCUGCCACGCAGCUGCUCCUCGCGGAUAAGCAGAGCAUCCAGGCGCGGCGGGCGUUGUUUGCACAGCACCACCUGUGGGUGACCAAGUACGAGGACGACGAGCUGUAUGUCGGCGGGCGGUUCCCGAUGCAAGGCAUGGAUGAGAUCGGGGGCGUGGCAGAUGCCGUGAAGCGGGGAGAUGACGUGGAGGACGAGGACGUAGUGCUCUGGGCAGUCUAUGGCCUGACGCACAAUCCUCGAGUCGAGGACUGGCCUGUGAUGCCUGUCGAGGUGCUUCAGUUGCAUCUGAUGCCAUCCGACUUCUUCACGCAGAACCCGGCCAUUGAUGUGCCGUCCAACAAGGACCUGGGCUCGCAAUCAGUGGCAGUGAGGACGAACGAGACAAAUGGGACGAAUGGGUGUAGCUGCUGA